UUAUUGUGGGCCCACUGGAUGUGGGAGCCCGGUAUUCACCCUUCCUCACAUCGUGCCUUCUGGGCGUCUUUUACCGCAAAGGGCACGCAUACCUGGGACAGAAUAAAUAAUCAAUAUCUCACUGUUUUUUGUCAGUAACACAUGAUUGGGCUUGUGCUGUGCAAAGGGGCUGUUAUUGGGAAAUAGCAUGUUGGGGGAAAGCAGAGGACAAGUCGCUGCCUUCGAGAGACGAAGGUGCCUUAAAAAUUCCACAAGGAGAAAACCAAACGGAGAGCGCCUGACGAGGCUUCAUGCCUCUAUUUAGGCUUCUUGCCUGGGACAGGCUUUGUGCGGAUCUUCCCGUUUUUGUAUUCCUUCUCAGAAUGAACAUAGACAAUGGUAGAUUUACACGAUGAAAUGAGAGCAUUGGUCAGGUUACAAAAAGAGAGAGUGCGUCAGGGUUUUUUUUAAACGUAAGCAACGAUUUCUCUAAAAGCAAAAAGGUUAAACUACUUUUAAAAAAAAUAUAGCCAAUCAUAUUUACUUUCUGCCCGUGCUGCAUUACAAUUGAUCGAUUAGACAGAUUGUUUUAAAACUCCAACUUUAAUAUCACGUAGAAUAGCCCAUAUUUUUAUUUAUUUUUCUAACAGAAGAAACAGAAAAUCAUACGACGCUCUUUGUAGCCUAAUGUUAAAAACGAAUAGCAUAUCACAAAGCAGAAACUAAAAACAGGAAUUAUUAUUUUUACAUUAAACAUUUUAAAUAUAUAAGCUUCAUUUUAUCCAUUAAUCGUUUCCAGUGUUUUUGCUUCUUUUUUUGUUGCUUUAUUUAGCCUAAAUUGCAGAGUGACUGUACAGAACUCCACAAUGUGUAGCUGCUUCUAGAAAAAAAGAUUUUGUGUUGUUCUCGAUCUUGUGUGGAUAUCUAACGAACAUAGAAAACAAAUAAAGCUGCAUUUGAUAAGAUAUUGACUGUUUAAAAGUCAAUAUGGACGAUGAUUCCCUUUAAACGAGUGCGUAAUAAAGUCGGGUUACAUGCAAAAAGCUUGUAAUAUCAUCUGAUGGCUUCUUGUUUGGAAUCGUACAAUUUUAGUAAAUAGACAGUAACGCGUAUUAACGUGCCUUCAUAUAUUGCCUAUAUUUAAAACUAUUAAUUUUUCGGUGUGGCAUAAACCACAAGCAUUUAAAUGGCAUGCCUCUGUCAUAAUUCUGGACAAUGUAAUGUUUGGUUUUUAUCUUUCCACCAAAACAUUUAUUCAUUAGACUUUUCCCACAUGAGUGGUUGUUCACUUGUUUUAUGAUUAUGCGAAAAAAGCCCUGUUUUGAAUGGGCUUUUAUUCUAUUAAGUGCGCAGACUAUUUGCACUCAUCGCCUAUCAUAACAUGCACAACAGAUUCUGAUCGAAUUAUUUCUGUACACUAUCCUCGCAGAGAUUGCACUCUCAGCAUGUCACUUGUUGUAUUGUUUAGGAGCCCGUUGGUUUUUGCCGCAAUGGUCGUUAACCUCUGAAUGACCCCGUGUGGAGCCCACGCCUCACAAAGCGCCGCAGACAGGCAGUGCAACAGUUGAGCCAGAGGAUGGCGCACCACGACAAUUCAAAACACCCAAGCCCUGGCUCUGAGUUUGCCCUAGCCACGAGCGCAUGGAGGCGCGCACCCUUCACAUCCCACCCAGUAUUUCCUCUGUGCACGAGUUUACCUCUGGAGGUCACCAAGCAGGAUUUACGACUGGUCAACAAAAGCACGUGAUUCUCCGCCGUACCCCAUAUUUGGGUGCCUACGUAAGAGAGAAUCAAGUCCAUGUCCCACUCAUUUCCAUAAUUCAUCAUAAAUUGUGCAAGGGUGCUAUAGGACGCGCUAAACCAUAAGAGCCACAAAUCAAGCACACAGGUUUAUGCUAUUUUACCUCUAAAAACAAUAAAAAAACAACAACAAUACCUACAACGAGCAAACGGUGGAAUUGUCAACAAAUGAGCUCCUAUUUUGUGAACUCAUUCUGCGGUCGCUAUCCCAAUGGCGCGGACUUCCAGUUACAUAAUUAUGGAGACCAUAGUACGGCAAACGACCAAUACAGAGACUCAACAGCCAUGCAUUCCAGCAGGUACGGCUAUGGCUACAACGGGAUGGACCUAACAGUCGGGCGGGCCGGUACCGGACACUUUGUGGGCAACGAGCGGACGCAGGGCUACUCCCCGAGUCACUCAGCGGCGACAACACCCUCGGUGGAGCCGGUCAGGUACACCCAGUCCGCCAACAGCACCGGGACAUCGUCUCUAUCGCCACCACCUGACCCACUACCGUGCUCUUCGGUCGCCAGCUCGUCCCCGGUCACCGAGACUCAAUCUCAACACCGAGCCGUGAAAAACUCUAUAACGACCCCGUGCUCAACCCCGUGCUCGAGCUCGAACGGAGGCACGCUGCUGCUCAACCGGGACUGUGUGUCCAAAGCUUCCCCCCUCGAGGAAGAGAAGCCUGCGGGAAGCGCACCGACAACUCCUCAAAAUGUCAGCGACUCAACACAGCCUCAGAUAUAUCCGUGGAUGAGGAAACUGCAUAUAAAUCAUGAUUUGGCAGGACCUGAAGGGAAGAGAGCGAGAACUGCAUACACCCGCUAUCAGACCCUGGAGCUUGAGAAGGAGUUCCACUUCAACCGGUACCUGACCCGCAGGCGGAGGAUCGAGAUAGCCCAUGCCCUCUGCCUCUCAGAGAGACAGAUCAAAAUCUGGUUUCAGAACCGCAGGAUGAAGUGGAAGAAGGACAAUAAACUGAAAAGCAUGAGUCUUGUAACAGGAGGCAGCGCCUUCCACAACUGA